AAUACAGUGACCUAUGAUGAUGUGUGUGUGAACUUCACUCUCGAAGAAUGGACUUUACUGGAUCCUUCACAGAAGAGUCUCUACAGAGAUGUGAUGCUGGAGACCUACAGGAAUCUCAUGUCAAUAGGCUACAUUUGUGAAGAUGACAAUAUAGAAGAAUAUAUUCAAAGUUCUAGAAGACAUGGAAGAUACAUAAAAGAACACACACUGGAGAGAAACCCUAUGAAUGUAACCAAUGUGGUAAAGCCUAUCCAUAUCAUAGAAGAGGUAAAGGACUUUGUCAAAAAGCUGAUCUUGGUUCUCAAGAUGAACUUAUCUUAA